AACUUUUGUAAAUAGCACGCAGAUUAAUUUCAAAUUAUUUCUUGGACUCAUCACUAUGGAAUGGAUGGAAUAUCUGAAGAUUACAAUUGCUUUCAACCCAGCCACUUCGUCGUCUUAGAUUCUCAAAAUUCUUGCUCUAAGCCAUUAAAUGAAACUUCUUUUUUGAAAUCUCUCCCUGCACUUCAGAUUCCAGAAACUCAAACUGAGCAAGUGCACAUCAAUCCAUCCCCAAAUCAAAAGUCUGCAGUUUCAGAGACUUAUCAAUAUGAUAUUGACCUUAUAGAUUCCUCUGAUUUUUCUCAAGCAUCAUUAAAAUUCUUGGAAGCACCAAAUAUGGAAAGUAACCAACCUGUAAGAACUCAAAGUGGAUCUUCAAGUGAAGAAUCUCACAGUAAUUUUUGUAAACCUUUACCACCCUCAUUUGUUGAAGACCCCAGUUCUAAACAAAAUCUGUCGACACCUACAGGUCAUGGUUCUCAUGAAAAAUCAAGUGCCGAUGAUCCUGUAUCGGUGACCAUACAAAAUGUAAAGAAAUCCAGGGAAUUGGCUGCUGAAUCGAAAAAUAAUUUAACUGGAAAACCAGACGAAAUUAAAUCAACAGCUUUAGCACGUAAAUUUCUGUUUAAAAGUGAUGAAGAUACAAGCGAGGAUAAAGAUAGUGAACCAGAAGUGAAUACUCCAUCAAGACAUAUAGCUUCUCUACAAGUUUCUCCAGUUUCUGUGAUAGUAUCAGAUACAGCAGAUGAGAUGAAUUACAUUGAUGCAUCACCUGAACAUCAUUCAUUCCCAAUAAUUAUCCCUGAUUCUCCGACAACAGAUAAUUCCGACCAUGAAUCUGGCAACCAGGAAUCUACAGUGAUGGAAACUACUGUAAUAAAAAAGGAUUCUCAGCAUCAAUCAAUGGAAUACUCUCAGAAUGAAAGUAAUAAAGGUUCUAAAGAUGACAGUGAGAAUUUACACCUUCACUACUCAUCAACACAAUCAUGUUCACAGAUUGACCCCAAAACACAUUCACAAAAAUAUGCAGAUGAAAUUUGUGAGAGCCAAGACAUAAACUUGUAUUUGAGUUUAAGUUCACAAAUGUCUGAAAACAAGGAUAUGACACAGUCACAAGCAAGCAGAACUUCUUUUAUGUUGAAAGAAGAAAAAUCUAAUCAAAGUGUUCAUUCUGUUUUGAGGGACAGUAGUUCUGAAGAUGUUCUUGAGUUCACCCUUAAUUUGCCAAAAGUGUCACCAGGAAGCAGUUUUCAUAAUCCAUCUUUUUCUAAGACACCGCAAAAUAAAAGUAGUGUUAGAAAAACUCCUGUUUCUCAGACUUCACAAAAAAGUAGUGGUUUUGGUCAACUGUCUGUUUCUCAGACUUCACAAAAAGGGAGUGGUUUUGGUCAACUGUCUAUUUCUCAGACUUCACAAAAAGGGAGUGGUUUUGGUCAUCUAUCUGUUUCUCAGACUUCACAGAAAAGAAGUGAUCUUGCUAAUUCAUCUGAUUCUCAGACCUCACAGAAAUGGAGUGGUCUUAGUAGUUCUGCCAGUGAUAAGAUGAAGAAUUACCAAGAUUCUAUGCCUCAGCUGUCAAAUAGUGAAUCUUCUCAGCAGACAUUGUCACCUUCGAGUGCAGCUAAUCCACAUAAAACCCAGCCACAAAAAGAGGAUCGUCCAUCUCAGUUGAAACCAUUAGAAUCGUUUACAGAAGCCAAUCCAUUUGAUUCAGAACAUUUCUUUAAGUCCCGACAGAAAGACCUGUAUGAUCCAUUACCCGGUAAAAGUUCCCAAAAAGAUCAACAGAAAAGUGAAUUCCCUGUAUCAGCAAUGUCUUCAACUGAAGGUUUUGCUUCUAAAAUAUCUAAUGAAAAGAGGAUAAAUGAGGCUGAUUUACAUAAAAAACCAAUUCUUGAUAGUUGUCAACAAAAGACUUUUACUAAGAUUCAAGAGAAGAAAGAUACAUUGUCUUCAAAUAAGUCUUUUUCUUUAAUUCACAAAGGAGAAAAACAUCCUUCUGCCAAACCACAGUCUUUUAGUCAGGGAGUUAUAGACAUUAGAGCUGGAGAUUCUAAUGGCAGCUUUCACGGUGAACAAGAAAAGCGAAAACCAGCAUCUCUCCCAGAUAAAUUAAUCUCUAAAGGAAAUUGUAACAUUUCCUCAAAAUCCGAACCAGUAGGUCAGCCAAGUGAUAAUUCCCCAAAUUCUUAUGAUCAUGCAACCACGAUGCCUGACAAUAAUCUAUGUGCAAGGCUUACAUCAACUUCAAGCCAAAAUAAUAAUUCCAAUGCCAAAGAAUCCAUCAUGCCUUAUGAAGAAGAAGAAGAAGAAGAAGAUGAAAUGAAGGUUUACAAUGUGUCUAAUCAAAUGUUAAUUGGAAAUAAAACAGGAAAAGGUGUUUCAAUAUCUCAGCCUAACAAAAGGCAACCAUCAGAAUGUCUUGGUAAAGUGGUAUCGGCAUCGGUGCCUGGACAGGCUUCAUGCAGCAUGGGUGAAACAUCUAGCACUGUUACAGAAUUAAUGCCUGUUAAACCCCUUGUGACGCCAACAGCAGAAAUGACAGUUACUGGUAUGAUGAAAACACCAAUAGACAUCUUAGGAAAAAAACAAUAUUCUCCUCUUGUAGCUAAGGACAACCAGGAUUCAGAAACUCAAUUUGUUCAACAAGAUGACAUUGCUAUUGUGCAACCAGUUGAUAAUGUAACAAACACUGUACCAAAUCCUGAGGCACAGAUUGAUACGACACAAGAUGUAAAUGUUGGUGCAUGCACUUCCAAUGAUCCGUAUUUAUUCCCAGAUUCUCAACUUAAAAGCAAGUCUACUAUUGUUACGUCAAGAAAACGUCAAAAGUUUGCCAGUAAGUCUACACAAAAGAAAAGUGCCAAGAAACUGCUGCCAAAAAAGAGCUCAAUUUUUUCUCGCUGUCGAGGUAUUCGCAAAGACCGUCAAAGUCCUGUCUAUAGAGUACGGUUUGAAGCUAUACGUAAAAGGGCUCGUAAUCCCCUCACGCUGCACAGCAAUCCAGCAUUCUUAAAAGUUCCAUCCCAUAAAGAUAUUGAGUCCAUUUUAUCUUCUAAAACGCAUAACAACGGUAAUAAAACCCCCAGUUCUAGUGACAGUGGCUCACAAACCAAGGAACAGCAGCAACAACAAGGGUCACUUUAUACCAAUCUUAAAAAGGUUUUUCAAAGAAAAAUUACGGAAGAAACUACUGUACAGAUUGUGUACCGUAAAACCACCAUAGAAAUGUUGAGAAAUUCUCAAGUUAUUGAUCGCCGAGUUGUUGUGGAGAAAAAUGAUCCAGUUGUUAUUAAAAGUACUCGUAAUGAAGAAUUCAAGUAUUUAAAUUCAUCAAAAGAGACAUCAUUUUGUAGUCCAACUUCACUGACAUCUGGGGAGUAUGCUGAUGUUAGCUCAUUGUCUCAUUCUGACAGUAAAGGCAGCAGUAACAACAGUAGUUGCUUUAACAGUCUCACGGUAAAAUCCUCUUCUAUUGACUUACCAACUACUUCAUCUGUGAGUCAAUCUGAGCAGCAGCACAAGGAAGGCAGAGUUAGUAUUUUAAAAAAGGGACAGUCUGUUUCAAAUAAGCCUUGUCAAAGUCACACCUCUGAUGAAGAUAUGUUAAAGAUGCUGUCACCAAUUACAUUAGAAGACAAACAGGAACAUUCUGCCUAUUGCAGUCCUGGAGAUGACCUGCGGCAACAAAGCUGGGGUCAGUUAGGGAUGCAUAGAAUUACUGCAACUCCUGAUAAAUGUAAUACUUCUGUAACUGAGACUGCCACUUUAUCAAGAUAUUCAUCGAAUGAAGAACCACUGAAGACAAAGACGAUGACUGUUUUUCAUUCUGACUCACUUUUUUCAUCAAAUGAAAAUCUCAAUGUUUCUGACCAAGAAAUAGCUGCGCAUCACAUGAAAAGCCUUCCAGUGUCUCAACCUUCAGGAAUAGCUGGAGAUUGUCAAGAAAUAUAUACCAGUAUUAAGAAUUUAAAUUUACCUGAAACUUCUUCAAACAGAAGUCCUCUGAGGACAUCUGCACCUCAAGAAGAUCUGAAAACACCGAAUAAAGCUGAAAAACAAAUUCGAGGAUCAAAAAGGUCAUGUAGUCCACAACCAUGUGAAGAAGGUACAUCUAAAAAGUACAAACAAGAUUUUUCAGAUGACAAACCUAAAGGUAGUGAUAGAAGCCAAAGUCCUGAGAUUCCGUUUCAAGACCAGGGGAAUGUAGCUGCACAAAGUGGCAUAAAAAAGAAUGUGCAUCGUCAGCAUCCAGCUAUAGGUAUCUUAAUCAUGGCAAGAUGGAAAGACGGUUUCUUUUAUCCGGGUAAGAUUGCUUCACCUGAAAAGAAUGGCAAAUAUUUGGUGAAGUUUGUUGAUGGUGAUAAAUUGUGGGUGAAAAUUAACCAAAUUCUUUCAGUCACGUAUCUUCCACAUGGACAGAAUGUGAUGGUACAGUCCGAUGAUGGUUUUUUUGAUUCAGGCAUGAUAGUAAAUUAUAAAUAUAAUGGAUCUGAUUCUGACGAAGAUGUUUUAUAUCAAGUUCAAAUGGACGAUUCUAAAAUUGUUGAAUGUUCCAGGAAACAAGUAAUCCUGUCUGAAGACCAAGCUGAGCACAUGUUAUCUGAUGAAGAUUUUUUGCUUAUGCCUGGUGUGCUAUCUACACCAGUUCCAUCAGGAGCUGAUGUUAGUUUAGACAAUUUGGUUGAUGGAUCUCGGCGUUCAGCUAGUCGGAAAGUUUCGUCCGAAAAUGAAAAAAAUAAGAAAUUGACAAGAAUGGAACCACGAGCAAUGAGUACACCAACUCAUAAAAGAAAAGCAUCUACCUUAAAAAAAGAUUCUGAUGGCAGCAUCUGCCAUAUUGGAGCUGCUAUUGCAUCUCCCAAACAUAAUUAUGAAGACACCACAAACCGACGGGCUAAAAAAGAACUCUUUGAAGUUGUGAAGGGACCAGUUCCAAAGAAGUCGCUUUUCAAUGCAAUGAAUUUCUUGCUCACUUACACUGAAAAAUCUCCUGAACAAAAGUUAAUCGACAAGAAAUUACUUCAUGAAUUCUCAUCUGAAAGUUCAACCAAUUUGUCUAAUUCUGACUUAGGAGUUGAACCUAAAGUUCCCUUCGAUAAAAACCAUUUACGGAUCCAACUUGAAACAGGUGGAGGACAAGUUUUUAGUUCCUGGCACAAAGAUUUUCUGUCUCCACAUAAAACAAGUUUUGUUGUGUCCAAUACUUACCAGAGAACUGUCAAAUACCUUCAAGGACUUGCAGCUGGUAUUCCUUGUGUAUCUCAUUUGUGGGUGAGAGAUUGUUGUAAGCAGGGAACAUUUUUAGAUUAUAAAUCAUACCUAUUACAGGCUGGCAUAAGUAUUACAAAAAAGACUCUUAUGGAAAGCAAAAUGAAAGCAAAAUGUUUGGAAGACUUUGAAAUCUUAGUAACUUCAAGUCAAAAUGAAUUUGUCAAUAUUUGGUCUGAGAUUCUUACAAUUGCAGGCUGUAGAAUUAUAAAGAAAUUUAGAAAAACUAAAGGAUCCAAUAAAUCUGUAGACGCAGUCAUCACAGACAGAAGCUGUCCACCGGAUAUAAUUGAACAAGCAGACACUCAACACAUUCCUCUAUUGUCAACAGAGUGGGUUAUACAAUGUUUAAUUCAUGGACAAAAAGUUGCUUUUGACGGUCACGAGAAAUUUGCCUAUAAUUAUGAAGAAAAUGACUAGACCAUAUUAAAUCAUAUUUUUCACACAAAAUCUUUUAUUAUUUUUAAAAUGAUAUAUAGUUAAGGAAAAUAUUAAAUAGAAGCUAUGCAACAGUCCAUUCUCAUAAUUCUAAUGCUGCAAUAUGCUACUCUUGUAGGGCUGUCAAUUAUAGUUGGUGGACCUUAUUAUGCAUUACUUGGUUUGGUAACUGGUUUUUUAUAUGUUUGUUAUCUAGCAUGGAAAUAUUCUCCUAAUUAAAGAAUUAUAAGAAUUGCUGUAAUGUAUCAAAUUUUACAGAAUUAAUGCUAUCAAAGAUUGAACAUCACUCUAUUUUAUAACUAUUUUUCGUCUUUACUGACAUGGAUAUUGAUUGUCUGUACAAACUAAAACAAAAAGAGCAUUAAUUCUGAAACAAGUGUUCCACAUCAGGACACUUCCUUAACAAUAGCCACUAUGUGACCUACUUUUCAACAUACAUCAACGAAUGUUUGAGCUCCUCAUCCUGGCCAUACACACAAAAGAAAAACAAAAUUAAUAUUUUAAAAAUUGAACUGUUAAAUAUUUAAAAAAAAUGAUAUAACAAUUAAAAUUGCUUAUUGAUGUCUUCCAUCUCUUGUCAUACUUUCAGAAAACUGCUUGUAAAAAGUUUAAGGCAAGUAAAAUAAGCUUGGAUUGUGAACACAACUUAGUGUUACACUAUAGUUUUUGAUAUGGGUUAAACCUUAUUUAUCAUCAGUAACAAUAAAAUGCUUAAAGAUAUUAAUUUUACUGACUUUCAUCAGGCAAUGCACAUAACGUCCAUACCUUAUUUACAAUAACCACCAUGUUGGUUGGUCGUGUUUUGUGCAGCAAAAAAUAGAUGAGUUGGUUAUAUGAAACAUUGACAUUCAUGAAUUUGGUGAAAAAUAAAAGAUUACAAUGACUAAAAAACCAAAAAGAAA